UCACUCGGCCCUUCGCGAAAACGACUCGCGCACCGCUUCACGCAAGAUUACGAGUGCCAGUAUAGCUGAGGACUAGCGAGGGUGACAGUUUGCAAACAACGCAUCUGCAGCGAUUAUCAGUUGAAAUGAUUGUGUUUUAAGGUGUAUUUUUAAGGUGCAGCUAAAAAUCGGGAUUACUAAUUGAUAACGUCUAAUAUGAGAACUCAAGCGAGUAAAACAACCACAUCGAGAGCAGUGAAGGGCAGCGGAGCCGCGCAAACCAAACUACAUCCUAGCUCUAUGCACGGUACCGAUUAUCAACUCAAGAUCACGCUAUGGAGUGUGCUGAUCGCGAAACAAAAUGUUUCCAAUCACAAGUACAGCAAAUACUCAAUCACCCCAGAAGAUCCGCUGGGAGGCAAGUUCGACGAUACGGUGCUCCAUUUCCAAUUACCAGACGGCAGCAACCAAUCGCUCUACAUUCAAGCUAAGCACAAAUAUGAUAAUGAAUACCGAAUUAAGAGUCGUGAUUUGCGUUCAACGUCGGAUGAUACAUUUUCGAUGAAGAAGUACUUCAAAUCAUUUAAGAAUCUGCACACGGAAGGGAAGACGAACGGUGCGAGGUUCGUUUUGUGCACUAACGCUGGCGUAUCGCAGGAUGUAGAACAAAUUUUGGAGAACAUUGUGUAUUCUUCAACGGAUGAUAUUGCUGCCAUUUUCAAUCGUGUUAAGGAGACAAAGAUUUAUCGAUUUAAUAUGGAGCGUCUUGGUAAUAUCGUUAAAUUCAAAAACUUCUUUGACGAUUUGAUAAUCGACGAAAACGAUGACGUUCUUCUCGAUCAAUUCUUUGCCCAGUUUCUAUUGAUAAGCAACAUGAAAGGAACCGAAAUUAUCAACGAUACCAUCAAGCUCUGGCGCGACAUGGACGUUCCAGGUGGUUCGUUAUUUACGCAACAGAUGGGACUAAUUGAAGAAGCGAUCGCCCUAGAUCAUUUAUCGAACGUUGCCUGGAAGAUGACCAACUUUUCGGAAUCGAAAUCUGAAACUGACAUCGAUCAAAUUUGCCAAGCGAUCGUACGUAAUUUAUGUUUUCUACAGCUAAAAGGAGCCACUAGCAUCUUCUGCAAGAGCUUUGAAAAUAAUGAUGUUAGAAUCAAAAGUGAGGCUUUGUACCAAUCGAAGGCUUAUAGGGCAUGUCUGACUGGUGGAGUGCAUGAGUAUUGCACAAUGCUUGACACAGAAGUGAGCUGCAACAUAAUGUUUCAAAUAGUCCAGUUGGUUAAAUCUGAAUGUUUUUCCACCAAUUCGAAACCCGAGUUGGUUAAGCCAGAAUAUAUUUUCACCGACGCUAAAACCUAUUCGAAGAUAGCAAGUGUUAUCAAGGAUAUUUUUUGCUUUUUAGAAUGUAAUUUGGUGUUAGUUAUUGUUUGCGAAAAGGAUACCGCAAUCAUAUCCAGAAGCGUCGAUGAGCUGUUUAAAGACAGCGAGACCAAGUCUAAAAAAACGGUUAUUCUCAUUACGAAGAGCGAGGAACAAUAUAAUGAAGAAGAAUUUCGCGUAUCCGAUCUCACCCAACUAGCCAAGGAGACGAUCUUUGAAAACUACUCGCAAGUGGAGUUAUCUUAUGCGCUGAUUUCAUUAGAAAAUUUGGUAAAUCAAGAAGAUAAUUUGGCAUUUGCACUUAGACUGAUCAAAACAGUAGAGUCUGCAAAAUUCAAGACCCAUCCGUGUAUAGAGAGCUUUAAAAAAAUCGAAACACUUUACAUAAAUCGAAGCUGGAAAACAUCCACAACCAUUGAUCGUGACAAUUUUAAAGGGUCAGAAUCAUGUUUCCGCAGGGCUACUUAUUCGCCACAAUUGCUGAGACAUUUAAAGGAACCUAUUGUAUUUGAGAGACUAGCAGGACAUAUGGGAUUAAAUUUAUUUGUUUGCUUUACUAAGACCAACAACCACGCCAUACAGCAAGUUGCUGAAAAAGUAUAUACUCCCGCCAUGGACACUUCCGAUCGAGUGAUUAUAUUCUUGGAUGAUGCAGGAUUCGGAAAGACUACCUACAUGACCUGGGUUGCCUGGUACUUCGUCGUUCAUCGAAAGUCUAGCUGGGUUAUUCGGCUUAACGCGAUCGAAUAUUCAUUCGAUUUUGAACAAAUCCUGAAAGAUUACGGUCUAACGUUAAAUGACAACAAGGCAAUCAGGAUACUUUUCCAGCUUAUCUAUUUGGCGGUGUCUAUACCCAACCUCGCUACUAAAACAAAGGAUCAAACAGAUGCUGAGAGAUUGAAAGCGAAACGAUGGGCUGAAUGUUUAUCGUUGUCUGAGGGUAAAGUCGUGGUGAAUUGUACCAGGGAUGCUACCGUUGAACAGAAGAUCGCGCUGAGGGUUUUUAGAGAGAAGUUCAACGAAAAGCAAAUAGUGCUGCUACUCGAUGGAUUUGACGAGAUUGCUCCGCACUACAAGCAAGUGGUAUUGAAUCUCUUUUCACACUUUGCUCAGUUUGAAGGCAUCCAUAAACUGUACUUCACUAGCCGUCCGUACAACUUCAUAGAUGAACUGCGGCAUGCAUUUCGAGUCACUGACAUCUAUAGAAUCGAUCCUUUUUCCAACGAGAAUCAGUAUGAGUUUCUACAUAAAUAUCUAGGGAGCAACUUCGAGGGGUAUGAAGGGUGCGUAGGUACUAAGCGCAAUAGCUUGUGGGAGAUAUUACUUGAAAUUCUUAAUACCAUUCUUGGCGAGUUGCGUACUAUUCCAUUGUUCUUUAAAAUGGCGUUAGAAAUACUUAAACCGCGGUUUAUGGAAACAAUCGACUUUAUAAACUAUACUAUUGCACCUAUAUUAUUCCAAGAAUUGCAAACGAUGUUUGGUCGUUCACGAAUUCUAGAAGCAUUUGUGAAUCUAAAGCUGGCUAUUGCAAACGACAAGAAGUUUGUAUCCUGCCCUAGUGCAGGUGCCACAGCCCAGGCACAAUUGGAUGCGGAGGAACUGAAUGAAUUGAAUAGAAAUUAUCUUUCACUGCUAGCCAUUUAUACAAUAAUUCCAUCAUACUAUCAACUGGUGACGCGAAGAGAGCAGCAACAGUGCGAACAGUAUCUAAAAAAAAUUGAAGAUGGACGAGAAAAAUCCGGAAUCAUCGAAGGGGUUCAAGGUGGAGUACCACUGUGGAUUCACCGAAUGUUUGCCGAAUACUUUGCGGCGCACUGGCUUUUCGAAAAUAGAGAUCGGCAUGAGGUGCUAUUAUAUUUCAAAUCAAAAUCCUAUUGGGAGUUUCAAAACAACCCAGUAAGAAAGAUAUUUGAUGAGAUCGCUAUUCGAGACAACGAUGGCAACGAUAGUCCAGUGCAUCUUGCAAUUAUUCGAGAUGACACAGAUAGAUUGAAGAACGCGUUAACACAAAAUGGGCACCAGCAAAAAGACACGAUAGGUCGGACCCCACUGCAUCUAGCCGUUCAGUACUUUGGCAAUAUGGAAAACAACAGAUAUGAACGACACUCCAUCCCGCGGGUUGCGGAGCUUUUGAUUGAAAAAACAAAAAACCAGCGGAAAUCUCUUCUUAUCCAUGCAAAAGAUGACCUCCUGCAUUGGAGUGCAUUAGAUUACGCAUUUCGUAUCGGCAACAUAGAAGCGAUUAAGUAUCUGCUUCGAAAGAAUGCCCUCAUAGAUGCAACAGUUUUAUCGGAGCAAUUACAAGGACACGAUCCGAGCAUUGCCAGCGAGACGCUAGCGCGUUAUGACAAAUAUCUGAUGGACUCCGUACAUAACAUCGACAACCAUAAGCCUCGAUUCCGUCAUAGUAGAAAACAGAUUGAAACCAUGCGUACGGUUUGUAAAAACGUAAUUACUCACAUCAAAAACAAACAUAGCGAAUGGUUUGAAACAAACAAAACCGACAUGUUGUUAAUGUGCGCCAAAAGGGAUUCGGUAUUACUGCUUCGCACUUUGCUGGCAUCUGAAACUGACCUUAUAACUGCCUCUAAUCAAGCCACAGGCAUUGCGAAAGCGCUCAAACAUUAUUCCUUCCAUAUUCUUGGUUUCCUUAUUCACGGACAAAAAAUUGAUAUUUCUGCAGCGAUCGAUGAAGAUCGCGCGUACAAGCUGCUAAGGUACUCUCUCGAAAAUGGAUAUAAAAAAUGGUUCGCCUACUUUUUCAAUCUCUGUAGCACCGUUUUAAACAUCUCAGGCCGUACGCAGUGGGACGCGUGUGAUUCGAACAUGGUUGAGUUACUCUCCUAUGUGAUGUAUUAUGGUUCUCCCAAGCAGCUUCAAAAAUUUUUCAAUACAGUUUUAUUAGCCAUCGAUGUGCAAUUCGUGUUUGCAUUCUUAAACCAUGUAGCAUCCUUUCCCGAUUUACCCAAAUUUACCAAGGGCAUAAGGAUUUUACUCGAUAGAACCGAAAAUUUGUACGAUAAUGACGAAGCGGGUUGCAACCUGUUGCACCGCAGCGCAGAAUUGGGUGUUUUAGAGAUGGUCAAAUAUUUGAUCGAGUAUAAACAAUUUAAUGCUAAGACCGUGAAUCCUCGUAGCAAUUGGAACGCAUUUCAUUAUUGCGUUUCAGUACCUUUGUAUUCGAUGCAGUUGCGUAAUGCAAAAGAAGGAUGCUAUGAAUCAUUCCAGUACAUGAUGCAGGACAGUGUCAUCAAUGUGUUUGAUAAAGAAGGAAAAAGCGUCUUCUAUUUGGCGGUUGUCAAUGAGCACUUCCGGAUUGCCAAGCACAUCCUGGAUAUGGUUUUAGAAACUACCCCUUCUGAGAAACGGCCCCUACAACACGCAGAGUACAUAAAGUCGUCAAACCUCAGUGGUACGAUAGAGUAUUCCAAAUUCCUUGGAAUUUUAGAUAUGCUAAAACUAACUUCUUUUACCAAAAGAAGUUAG